AUGGCGCGGCAGCUGAACAUGGACACACUGCAGCAGGACUUCUGGAAGGAGGAGUAUCUCAAGGAGCUGAUGCUCCGCUUCCGCUGGCACCAGCGCUAUGGGGCAUCCGUCAAGGCCAGGCAGGAGCAGCUGCGCCAGCGGCGGCAGGCCACCAAGGAGCCACUCAAGCUGCCCAUCCUCCCGUCUCCGGCACCCGUGCCCCCGGCCGAGCAGCCACCCGAGGAGCCCGCUGGGGCCGCCGGGGGCAUCCAGGAGGGGGAGAUGAAGCCCGUGGCGCCGGAGGUGCGGCAGCUGCUGUACCAGGGCAUCUCCCAGGACGGCGAGGGCCGGCGGCGCUACCUGACCCGCCGCACGGCCUGCGCGCCUGAGGAGAAGUACUACACCCCCGUCACCACCAACUUCGUCUACGGCUGGCAGAUGGGUGAGCCAGGGCGGCGGGCGCUGGGGGGCAAAGCCCUGCCCGUGGCUCAAGUCUGUGCCCACGAGGCCAUCUCGCCCCAUAGCCUGGGACCACACUGGUGGAAAGUCACCAAAGUCUACGUGCCCCCAUCACCCAAGUGCCGCAUUGAGAGCUUCUUCCGCAAGAACGGGGCCUUCUCACUGCUGGACCCGCGCGACGUGGCCAUGUGA